AUGUUGGCCCUUGAUUGGCUCACCUACUUUCUGAUUCAAAAUCUGAUUGGUUGGUUUGUGAACCCCUAAGAAAUGUGUCCAUUCCAUUGGUAGACUGGAGUUCAACGUUUUCUUCUUGCGUUUCGUCCCACUGUCAAAUCUGCUAGCUAGCUGCUCUGGAACGUCCUGCUGUGGCUCAUUGUUCUAGGAUUAGUAUUUAUACGUGUUACAAAGAAUGAGAAGAGUUACUCUUUUUGUGAACGGGACGUCCAAAAAUGGCAAGGUUGUAGCUGUGUAUGGGACCUUGGCCGACCUGUUAUCUGUAGCAAGCAAUAAGUUGGGAAUCAAAGCCUGUAAUUUAUACAAUGGAAAAGGUGGUCUUAUAGAUGACAUAGCGCUCAUCAGGGAUGAUGAUGUUUUGUAUGUCUCAGAGGGGGACCCCUUUGUUGACCCACAGAAUGAUAUCAGGACUACAGACGGCCUGCCUAGGGCACACACAGAUUGGCUGACCCUUAAUAUUGGGGGGCGUCUCUUCACCACCACACGCAGCACCUUGGUCAGCAAGGAGCCAGAGAGCAUGCUUGCUCACAUGUUCCGUGAGAAGGAUGUAUGGGGUAACAAACAGGAUGAACGUGGGGCUUACCUGAUUGACCGCAGCCCAGAAUACUUUGAGCCUAUUCUUAAUUACCUGCGACAUGGCCAGCUCAUUAUCAAUGAAGGUAUCAAUUUACUUGGGGUUUUGGAGGAGGCUCGAUUCUUUGGAAUUGAGCAGCUGGCUGAUCAGUUGGAAGUAGCAAUAAAGAAUAACCAGCCCCCUGAGGACCACUCUCCCAUCUCUCGCAAGGAGUUUGUUCGGUUUCUGCUGGCUACACCCACCAAAUCAGAGCUCCGCUGUCAGGGACUUAAUUUCAGUGGUGCUGAUCUCUCUCGCCUCGACUUGCGCUACAUCAACUUCAAGAUGGCCAACCUGAGUCGCUGCAACCUGACACAUGCCAACCUAUGCUGUUCAAACCUGGAGCGGGCUGACCUCUCUGGGGCCAACCUCGAUGGUGCUAACUUGCAGGGUGUAAAAAUGCUCUGUUCAAAUGCUGAGGGGGCAUCUCUCAAAGGAUGUAAUUUUGAAGACCCGUCUGGUCUAAAGGCCAACUUGGAGGGUGCCAAUCUAAAAGGUGUUGACAUGGAGGGAAGUCAGAUGACUGGAAUUAAUCUGCGUGUGGCCACUCUAAAAAAUGCUAAACUGAAGAACUGUAACCUACGGGGUGCCACUUUGGCAGGAACUGAUCUUGAGAAUUGUGAUCUGUCUGGCUGUGACCUACAAGAGGCCAACUUGAGAGGGUCCAAUGUGAAGGGGGCCAUUUUCGAAGAGAUGCUGACUGCAUUGCACAUGUCUCAGAGUGUCAGAUGACUCCCCUGCACAUUCCACCUGGAUUCAGACUGGUUAAUCUCAUGAAUGCCUGGCAACAAUGUUAUUAUGCCAGCAAAUCCAACCCACCCCUACUAUCAAGCUUCCUGGACCCUUAUGCAAUACAUGCAUUUUAUGCACAUCCCUGGCAUCCUACAUCCCUUCCACCUGAUAUACUAGCUUUAAAUCUCUUGCACUAGAGCACAUCCAGGGUUAUCUGUUUCUGUUAUGUAGUGGAAGAUUUUAAAUGUCUGACUGCCUUUUCUUAAUUUUUUUCCCCCAAAACCAAAAUAUUGAAUGUUCUUUAUGUAUGUUUACUAUUAUCUGGAUUCAAUCCUAACUUAUUAUUUUUAUGAUUUCUAGGUGUGUGUUUUCUUGAUUAUUUAAUGUCUGUAAAUCAAAGAUUAUCAAACUAUAAGUGCAUGAAAGUAAAAAAGGGCCUCCAUCAAGACUGUGGUAAAGUAUAAAUGGGAGAUGACAUUGUGUGACUAAGUACAUUGAUAAGAAUGUACAAAGUGCCAGAUAUGCUUUAUGAUUAAGAUGUUUAUUUUUUAAGUCAAAGCCAUACCGUAGCAUGGUGAAAAUGGCAAAAAUAAUUUGCUGUUAUUGCGCCACACAAUUAUGCUGUGGAAUUCAUUUUUCAUAGACUGGGUGUUGAACUGUAUUCAACAGAAUUUCAAGUAUGCAAUGUACUCUUUUUCCUUGCUGCCAGUUGUUUUUGGUGUUCUCUGUGAAUCUACCUCCUUAUUUUCUACCCCUGUCUGAUAUCUAGUCUAGUUGCAUGCAUUUCACAAGUUUUUGGCUCUUGUUGUAUGAAAUCCAUUAUUCAUCAUAUCCAAAUAUAAGUAAAUUAUCAAAGUGAAUGUGUUUUAAUUGUUACUGUCAUGUUCAAGCUUGUGUAGCACUUAGUUGUAUAACACUCCCCUCAAGGAGACAACAACCAAUGAACAGGGCAUAUCGUUCAGUCAUGUCUUGAAAUUUUGCUUUGCACAAAUGUCUAAAUGGUAUGUUUUGGUCAAUAACUUCUGUUUUACUCACUCAUAGGACACCAACAAGUUAAAUGUGCUUGUAACAUAAUGUAUUUCAAAUCUAGUGCUUCCAAAAUGUUAUUAGGAUAUCAGAAUGUUAUCACUGCUGGACUGUGAUUGUAACAAUCUCACAUCAGUUCUUUUAGAACAAUGUCUGCAUGUUUAAAGACUGCAUUUUCUUUGGCUGUAGCUGAAAUAUUUUGAGAUGCCAUAUUCUCUCAUACUCUAUUUCAUAGUAGGUAGGUACUCAUCUGUCAUGAUAAUGAAGGCAAUCAUAAAGAAUAUUGCUCCUUGAGUGUGGAGAUCGUCAAUAUCAGAACCUUAACAAUGGUUAUUUAUUUUGGUAUAACAUUGUAUUCAAGAAAUAUUGGAUGAAAGUUCUUUAAAUAUCGGGUGUGUUUCUCUUCUUCCCCUGUCUAUAAUUAUUGCACUCAACCACAAUGUAAUUCAAUAAAUUACUGUGAUGAAUUAA